CUAUUCCUAUUAUCUAAAGAUCUGAAUGUUUAUUUUACAAUGGAGGUGAAAUUUUUGAUGUUAAAAUUAUUUUACACUGAUGGCAGAUGGAAAACUGAUAAAUGUUAUAUUUAAUAGGCUUCCUCUAUUUUCUUUUAUCGCUUUGUAUAUUCAUUCUAGCUCAAAAAGAAAGUGGAAUUCUUUUCCAUCUUAAUGUAUAACGCAAUCCGGAAAAGUAGAAGUAAGGCAUUAAAAUUAACAUUUUCAGCUCAAUAUGUUUAAUGUUGUUAUUUAAAUUUUGAUGUAUUAUUAGUUUAGAAUUAAUAUGUAUUUAAACUUUUCCUUUGACGCGUUGCGUAUUUUUCGCACGGAUGCCCCCCCCUUUACGUGCGCACUAUUUGAAAGUCGGCAUGUUGUUAUUAUUUCUCUUAUUUUGUUUACUCUCUUGGGUGACGAUCACCUUUCACUUGCAAGGAACCCUGAAGGCUAAAAAAGCUCCCAUCGAAUCUUAUAAUCGAUUAGUUCUCCUCCCAAAUAUAUAUAUAUAUAUAGAGAGAGAGAGAGAGGGAGUUAUAUAAAUUUUUUAGGGUACUCUUUAAGUCUCGAUUGAGACGUGGGCGAGGGGAAAGAGAGGGGAUGCUACGGCGUUCAGGUCUUUUCCGCUUCCGCAUGAAGCUGGGGGAAAUGUACGUCGAUUACAAACUCGUCUCCCGCGAUCACCGCAAGGGGAUUCGGGUCGAGGAGGCUCUUGUGGAUCCACAGCUUCCCACCACGAUUCUCCCGCUUAGUUGGCUGGAAGGGUUGCGCAGCCCUUCCCGUCGACUUCCUACGGGGUAUCACGUUGAGGAGGCGGUGUAUGUCGCGCCGAAUUACGGCAAUCGAGAAGAAAUGAAGGGGAAGGCGCCCGCAACGGCCUCUUCCACCUCUUCUUCUUCUUCCUCUUCUUUUCCACCCCCCAAUGCGAUUCGUGCGGGGCCGGUGGUGAUGUAUGUCACCGGGCAAACCAUCCCCGUCGUGUUAAACCCUUUUUUCGUGGAGGAAGAGGCAUGGGGAUGGGGAGGAGGAGGAAGGGGUGGAGGGGGACCUCAACCCCCCUCCCCAUCCGCCUCCCCGGUGGAGCUUGACCUUCGAAUCGGGAUGGACGCGAUUGAGCAGUGUUCCCUUUUCGCGGAGCUUCGCCCGGGCGGUCUGCUUUACUCGAAACUCCCGCAUAAAGAUCUGGAAGCCGCCUUGGAGGCGCCGCAGGCGGUGUUGGCGAGGUAUGGCAUGCGUUGUGGAUUGGCGGAGUCGCCGCUCGUUCCGCGGCCGUGGACGAGAAUGCGCUACAUGUUUAUUGAGGAGCUCCAGCGCGGACCCGAGAUGACGGAGUUUGUCGGGCAUAACCCCCGCAGUGGUGUUCCCUGGCGUUUUUCGCAGCACACCAAACACUUUCGACGGGGGAUUUGGCGAGAAAUUGUGCGGCGAAAUCAGAUGAACGAAGGGCUGCAUGUGCAUAGUAGCUGGCAGAAGUCGCCGCAACAGUCGGUGCCGGAAAUUCGCUUCCUCGCACCUUUUCCGUAG